CCAACAUUCAAGUUUCAGCAAUCAAAUACAAGUGUUUACAAGUUCAAGUGAACGUUUUGCUUAUUCGCUCCUUUGAGGAUUCGGGAGGUUUGAGUGGUCUCUUAUCAACUAGAGAACGCGUCUAGUUGUGGCGAGCAUCAACGAUAUCGGUUGGCCUCUUCCACGAGUUCGAGAUUGUUUGGAAGGUUUCAUAUACCUUCUGGCCCUUCUCACGAGUUCGGAUUUGUUUGAUUGAUUUCCGCGACUAUCCUUUAUUUUCGUGUUAUUGAAGAAAGAAGAAAAUCCCAAAAGAGUUCGACGUUGUGCGAUUCUGAUUUUUUGUCCAAGUUUGGGAGGACUCUCGAAUUAGGAUCAUAUCAAUUGGUAUCAGGAGCCCGGUUCAAACGCAGCGGAGAAGAGAAAGAUUCUUGGAGUUCUUGGUAGUUCGAGAAGCAUUCUUGGAAGUAUUGAACGUCAAGAAAGCAAAUCUUGAACGUUCUUGAGAGUUUCUUGUGCGGUAAGGAAGGUAUCUUGAAGACAAAGCAUUCGUGGGGUUCUUCUUUAGCAAGAAACCAUGGCGGAACAAGCACAAGACGUGGCGGCAAUAUUACGACACAUCAGCGCGCAAAUAGAAGCUUAUCGUCAAGGGCAAGCACAAAUAAAUGCGAGCCUUACUCAAUUGGCAAUUUCAUGGGGAAUUAGUGCGUCAGCCGUGAUAAUCCAACCAGAAGCUCCAUUGAAGAUAGGGAAUCCAAAUCCAGAGCAAGAGCAUUCUUUUGAGGCUACCAUAGAGACACAAGAGACAAGUCCAGAAGUCUUUGACAUCGAGAUUCAAGCAUAUCAGGUAGAAGAUAUUCAAAGCCAAACGACAAUACAACAUCAAGACGAGGAGUAUAUAGAAAUAUCGCCUAUGGAAGGUCCACUUUUGGAUACUUCUUGUGAAGAGUAUGAAGAUUUCGAUGAAGAAGAAGCGAUAAAAGAUAUUUUUGUUAGUGUUCCAGAUUUGAGUGCACCUAAGGAAUCAGAAUUUCAUGGAGAAGAUGAAGUCAUGAAAGUCAUGGAGCAUUUACCAAUUGUUCCAGAAGUUGCUCAUAUUGAUUUUGUGAUUGGAGAUACUAUUUCCAAAGAGGAAGCCCGACUAGAGAAUCGACGAGAAGUUCAGAGCUACAUGGAGGGUUUUCAUCGCAAUGGUGUCUCUACAAUUCGUGGACGAAUUGUUCUUAAGAAGGGGGGAAUGAUACAAUCCUCACUACCAAGACAAUUUAAUUCAAAGGCCAAGAAGAGUGGUGCUGAUAGAGGAUCAAGAUUCUAUAAAGAUUCGAGGUCGAAUCUUCUUCAAGAGAGAGGGAAUGAUGCGAUAUCGACUAGCGCGAUAUUCAAUUCUCGUGGUCCCAAAAUGAAGGUUCGAAUUCAACGAUUUAAGGAUCAAUUGGGAGCAUUCUUGAUGGAUAAAAUGGAGAAUGCAAUAAGGAUCCGGCCUACAACAUUUCUUGGAGCCCAAAAAUGUCCAUCUUUGCUGCCCAAAGUCAUCCAAAUGUGAAAAGGACAAGGAAAGAGAUUGCUUAACCACUAAGGAGCUUCCUUAAGCAUUAAAAACGUGUUUGGAGAUUACUUAGCUGGUAAGGAGCUUCCUUUGGUCAUAAAAACGAGUUAUAGUCCUUAUUUAAGUAGUAUUAUGUUUCCUAGUUAGUUUGGGAUUUGUUUUCCUAUUCCUUUUAGGUUAGUUUUAUGUUUUUGUGACCUCUAUAAAUAGAGGAUAUAAGA